GACACCCGGCGGCGCUUUACGGCCGUGGCGCUUGACGGCAGCGCGACCCGGGCAGGACGGGGUAGCGGGACCCGGAGGGGCUCGGGGCGGGAUGAGCUUCUACGACGUGUUUCGCGGCUUCUUCGGGUUCCCGGGACGGUGCAGACCCCGGGACCCGCUCUUCGGCGGCGCGGCGUGGGACGAGGAGGAGGAGGAAGACGAUGGCGGCCCGUCCAUGUCGCAGCCCCCCCAGGACUUCGGCUUCGGGUUCAGCCCUGGCUCCUCCCGCGGCGCCUUCGAGGAGCUAUUCCGGGACAUGGGCGAGCUCCUGGGCGUGCUGGGGGGGUUCUGGGCCGAGCCCCAGCAGCCUUUCGAGCCCGCCCUGCCCGGCCCCGGUGAAGGCAGCGCAAGGCGACCGCUGCGGGACUCGAUGCUGAAGCACCCGGAGAGUCCCCCUGCCAGCGCGGCCCCGGGGAGCUCCGGCGAUCUGGCCCGGCCAUGGAGACCCUUCUUAGGGCUGGAAGAUGCUCCCCGGGCUCCUCCUGGCCUCAAGGAAGACCAAGACCUGGACUCCCAGGUCUCCUCCGCUGGGCUGGGGACCAUCCUGAGACCCAACGAGCCCGAGUCCCACUCUUACUUCCAGAGCGUCUCUGUCACCAAAGUGACUCUCCCUGACGGGGGCGUGGAGGAGCGCCGCACUGUGCAGGACAGCCAGGGCCGCCGCGAGACAACGGUGACGCGCCGCAGGGGGGACCAGGCCUUCAUCACCACCACCAAGGAGGACGGGCAGAAGAGGGACUACCGGGAGGAGGUGGUCAACAUGGAUGACCGGGAGCUGGCACAGUUUGCUGGCACGUGGCCACAGCAAGAGCUUCCUGCUGCCGACCCGGGCGACCCCUCAUCUGUGCUGGGCAGCUUCUUCCGACGCUGGUUCUCGAGCUGGUAGCUGUGUCCAGUCCUGACUGAGCAGCCCAUGUGUGUGACAGAUGGGUCAGAUCUUGCUGGGAAGUGGUGCCUGGGCUGGAGGCUGUCCAGCUUCUGCAGCGCUGCAGAGCCCACAGGGAGCCCUGUGGGGGUCAAGUGUAUGUGUGUACAGAGCAAUAAAAUCUAUUUAUGCUAAA